GCCCCCGGGGUGUGCGUUGACCUCCCCCAGGAGAGCUGGAAAAGCCGGGGGACCUAGAGGAGCUUGUGGCGUUGCUGGAGGAGGAGGACGAGCAAGCCAUGGGCAGCGGGGCCAGCGCCGAGGACAAGGAGAUGGCCAAGAGGUCCAAGGAGCUGGAGAAGAAGCUCCAGGAGGACGCGGACAAGGAGGCCAAGACGGUCAAGCUGCUGCUGCUGGGGGCUGGAGAGUCAGGGAAGAGCACCAUCGUGAAGCAGAUGAAGAUCAUCCACCAGGACGGGUACACGGAGGAGGAGUGCAUGGAGUUCAAGGCCAUCAUCUACGGGAACAUCCUGCAGUCCAUCCUGGCCAUCGUCCGAGCCAUGUCCACGCUCGGCAUCGACUACGCAGAGUCCGCCUGCGCGGACGAGGGCCGGAUUCUGUUCAACCUGGCCGACUCCAUCGAGGAGGGCACGAUGCCCCCCGAGCUCGUGUCGUGCAUCAAGAAGCUCUGGAAGGACGGGGGGGUCCAGGCGUGCUUUGACCGCGCCGCGGAGUAUCAGCUCAACGACUCGGCCGCCUAUUACCUGAACCAGCUGGACAGGAUCACAGCCCCCAACUACCUCCCCAACGAGCAGGACGUGCUGCGCUCCCGGGUGAAGACCACGGGCAUCAUCGAGACCAAGUUCUCCGUCAAGGACCUCAACUUCAGGAUGUUCGACGUCGGGGGGCAGCGCUCGGAGCGCAAGAAGUGGAUCCACUGCUUCGAGGGCGUCACCUGCAUCAUCUUCUGCGGGGCCCUGAGCGCCUACGACAUGGUGCUGGUGGAGGACGAUGAAGUGAACCGGAUGCACGAGUCCCUGCACCUCUUCAACAGUAUAUGCAACCACAAGUUCUUCGCAGCCACCUCCAUCAUCCUCUUCCUCAACAAGAAGGACCUUUUCGAGGAGAAGAUCAAGAAGGUUCAUCUCAGCAUCUGCUUCCCGGAGUACGACGGCCCCAACACGUUCGAGGACGCCGGGAAUUACAUCAAGACCCAGUUCCUGGACCUGAACAUGAGGAAGGACGUGAAGGAGAUUUACAGCCACAUGACCUGUGCCACAGACACCCAGAACGUCAAGUUCGUCUUCGACGCCGUCACGGACGUGAUCAUCAAAGAGAACCUCAAGGACUGCGGCCUCUUCUGAGCCCGGGAAGGAACCGUUCCCGUCUCUCCGUUCUGCUGAGCAGAGCCAAAGGAAGAACCACCCCCUCCACUCGGCACCGCUCCCACUUUUUCUGUGAGCGCCCCCAAAUCCGCCUCCUUUCACCCCAAACUAGGAAGGGGCUGAACUCAACUUCCUGCUCCCUUUCGUGGCCAUUUCCUCUUUUUUUGUUGUUGUUGUUGUGGAUUUUUUGUUGGGGUUUUUUUUUCCAAGGAAAACUCCCUGUUCCCAGCGAUCCACGGGAGGUUUGGGCACCAACACGCAGCCAGGAAUGGGAAUACUGAGGGAAUUCGGGGGGUAGGGAUGGGAAUUCCCCCCCCUCCCUCCCUCCCCUUCCCCAGGCUAUCCCUCCACAGCCCAUUCCUGCCCUUGGAUCGGGGCUGGAAUGAUCCAAGCUGGAAUUCUGGGGGGAGGAGGAAGCUGAGUCCCCUCCUGGUGGCUCCUGGGAACCCCCCAGCCCCUUUCCUGGGAAUCCACCCCAGCCCUUUGGCAGGAGAAAUGUGGGAAUUCCUCAGGGCUGGGGGGGGGGAAGGGGGAGGGAAUCCCAAUUCCAGCCCUGGGGAAUGGGGCUGGAUAAAGAGGAAAUGGUUGCUCGAAGCAUUUUCACUCUGCUAUUUUAGAGCUGCGGUUGCUCUCUCUGACUGUAAAUAAUCCGUAGGUGACCCCUGUAAAUCCCUGGAUUCUCCUUUUCCCUGCUCCCUGCACUGAUUUUUCCAACCCCCCCCCUUCACUUCCAGCUUCACUUCAGUAGGAAAAACAACAAUAAAGGAAUGUGCAUGA